AUGCUUAUGGUCGCCAGCUAUGAAAAGGCUAAAGAAGUUGAUAGACUCGGUGCUCGCCCUGGAGACUUUUACCAAUGCCUUGCUAGAAGAUUGUUGAUACUGACUCCUCCACUGGCCAAUCAAACCGAUCCGCCCUCUCUGCAGCAUGCAAUGGAAGACUCGAUGACAAAUCUCAGCCAUGUUAUGAAUGAUGCUCUCACUCUGCAUGAGCUGGUAGGCAGCUCAAUCGACAAACACGCAUUCCACGGGAAUAUGUCUCUCGACGGAAUUCGGGUGGAUCUUGCUCUGGAAGAAAUCAAAAUGCAAGCAUUCAAUGACAUCGAUGUAACAGAAUUUAUAGGAACGGGUGAGUCAAAUUGCCUAUACAUGGAUUUUAGUUCUGGUAUAUUUGGAGCCGUUCUCGAAAUAUUAUGA